GAGCGCGAGUUUCGCUGCGUUGCGCCGGCGGUGGCUGCUGCACGGUCCGCUGGCGCUGCUCGCUGCCCGCAGACCGCCUUCACCCCCGCGCUCCCUUGCGAAAAAAUCAUAAUGCAAUCGCCAGGGCGGUCGGUGUGGAACGCUCGACAACCACUCACAACACGCAAUCAGUCUACAUUCAAAUGCGUUGAAACUCACACGCCGUCCAUCAUGAUGGAUCUGUUGUGUCGGGAAACAGAUUUCUCUUGAAGUGACCGUUCCUAUAAACUUAGAAUUCGAAACACUCAUAAUAUAUCUGUGUGAUUUUGUAGUGUCAAAGUUACCUCUAGAUGCACAUAAUGCUCAAGUGAUGUACUAAACUUUCUUAUUUCGUUGUUUAGUUACCUCGGCCUUUACUUCACUUCAUGUUUUAUUUGAGAAGUAGAUUUUAUGACCUUCAACACUUGUGAACGGGUUUAAAAUGGAACAUACGCUAUACAAAACUAUUCAUGAAACAUUAUAUAGUUCAAUAUUAAUUUUACCGUGUGCAUGACCAUCGAAACUUAAACGGCAGUGGGUGCCGAAUUCACCUUCAGCUCCAUGCUACUUACCUUGUAUAGUUGAAACAAUUGUCCAUCAAAUACGAAUUAAUUCUUUACGCGUCGCGGUAGCGUCCGGUGACUGCUGCUUUCGAGUCGUUCAUGUUUCCAAGUUGUCUUUCUAUCGCGAACAGCCGCCUGGAUCGCUCGUUACCAGUUCGCAGUUGGUAGCGAUUAGAACCCGUACGUUAUCAAAAGAGUCUUCGUAAAAGGAAAAAUAUCGCCUAACAUUAUCUUUGAUAAGGCUACGAAACGUAUGGUAUUCCAAUUAGUAUCAGUGCGUAAAUAUUUUCAGUGUGAUGAGGUGAUUGGUAUUACCAUGUGUGGAGUGUAGUUCAAGUGAGUGACAAAAGUGUACUAUGUGGGAAGCUGCUGUGUCUAAGCCACAUGAUUACCACUACGUUCACGGUGGCCCUGCGCCUAAUCAGGGACGGUCCGGCGGCCCUGUUCUGACUGGUCCAAAUGCUAAGCACCUAAGGCCCCAGUCUUCGUAUUCUUUACCUCAUAGUAGCAAUGGACCUAGUCGAUGGGGCUGGACUGGCAGUCAUGCUUCCUCUUUCGAUCGGAGGCAGUUGAAGGUGCCGCCACAACCCGCUCGGCCUGCGCCUAUCCGCCCAUCACACAAUAAAAACACCGGAACUAGUAGUAAGGUCGACCCGGAGCUGAUCUUCACAAAACAAGAGAAGAUCGGCAAAGGCUCGUUCGGUGAAGUGUUCAAAGGCGUAGACAACCGAACACAGCAGGUGGUCGCCAUCAAAAUCAUCGAUCUAGAAGAAGCCGAAGAUGAGAUCGAAGACAUACAGCAGGAGAUUAUGGUGCUAUCACAGUGUGAUAGCCCUUACGUCACUAAAUAUUAUGGAUCAUACUUAAAGGGCACGAAAUUAUGGAUAAUAAUGGAAUAUCUCGGCGGAGGCUCCGCGCUGGACCUUAUGAAGGCGGGGAGCUUCGAGGAGAUGCAUAUAGCAGUUAUACUACGGGAGGUGUUACGUGGCCUUGACUACCUGCAUUCAGAACGGAAGCUGCAUAGGGAUAUCAAAGCAGCUAACGUGUUAUUGAGCGAAAUGGGAGAUGUCAAACUAGCGGAUUUCGGAGUCGCGGGCCAAUUAACAAAUACAACUAGCAAACGGAAUACAUUCGUCGGCACGCCUUUCUGGAUGGCGCCUGAGGUCAUAAAGCAGUCCUGCUACGACAGCAAGGCUGAUAUCUGGUCACUAGGCAUCACCGCCAUAGAACUUGCAAAGGGCGAGCCGCCAAAUUCAGAGCUGCAUCCCAUGAGGGUGCUAUUCCUUAUACCCAAGAACAACCCUCCACAACUCACAGGGAGCUACUCGAAACCUUUUAAAGAGUUCGUCGAAGCAUGCCUCAACAAGGAUCCGGAAAAUAGGCCAACAGCGAAAGAGCUGCUAAAGUUCCAGUUCAUCAGGAAGGCGAAGAAGAACUCGUAUCUAAUGGAUCUUAUAGAUAGGUAUAAGAAAUGGAAGGCGCAGCGGAGCGAGGAGAGCGAGACCGAAUCAGAGAACUCCGAUUCGGAGGAGUGCAGUCGCGGCGACGGCGAAGCGGAUGAGCCGUGGAUCAUGACUGUGCGUGGCACGGCAGGCGCACGCGCCGUCGCGCCUCUACCACCCGCUCCUGCGCUUGCCGCACACACGCCGCUCGACCACGACAACAAGCGGCGGCUACUCGAUGACCCGGUAAUUCCAUCCCCGACGUCACCCACUGCGCCGAAGCAGAACGGGUCCCUGUCAGCGCGCGAUGAACCGUCGCCAGCCGAUGCAUUAGCGCCCGCCAUCACGCACGCCAUUACCCACGCCAAGCCCCUAAACAACAACACUAGCGACAAACAAUUGGUGAGUUUCUCUAUAUCUUAUAAGAGAUAA